AUUUUUGAGCCAUAUUAUCACACUUUUGGAUUACUCUCAAGUACCCCGAUGUGGUAUAUAAAAGAGUGCAACAUUGCCAUACUAACAGCAUAGUUUGUACAUUUUAGGAACGCGAGAGUUCGACUAAUUUAAAUGAAGCUGUUUGGCAUCGCCUUGGUUGCAACCCUUGGUUGCUUCCUACCAGAAAGUAAGGGAGAGGGCCCUCUUGGUAGCCAUGCCCAUCUCUUCAGUGACGAAGUAAGCAACAUUGCCUUCCCCGAGGGAUUCAUGUGGGGAUACGCCUCGGCUGCUUACCAAGUCGAAGGCGCCUGGGACGAGGAUGGAAAAGGAGAAGGUAUUUGGGACUACGAUGCUCACAAUCACGCCGAUUGGUUUCCCGAGGGCCAAAAUGGCGAUAUAGCUUGUGAUGCGUAUCACAACACGGACGUGGACGUUGGUCUACUAGUGAGACAAGGCGUCAACACCUACAGAUUUUCCAUCGCGUGGUCCAGAGUUUUGCCCACCGGCCACAUUGACAACAUCAACGAGAAAGGGCUCGAGUACUACCGCGACCUCAUCCAGAAACUGAGAGCCAAUAACAUUGAGCCUUUGGUCACAAUGCACCACUGGGACAAUCCCCGAGCCAUCGAGGACGAGGGCGGCUUCUUGAACGAUGACAUUGUCCCCACUUUCGUGGAAUAUGCAAAUCUGCUCUUCGAGAACUUUGGCGAAGACGUCAAGUGGUGGACCACUUUCAACGAGCCCAAGCAAACUUGUGCGGGCGGAUACGACAGUGGCUACAUUUCUCCCCAGAAUCUUCAUCCAGGCACUGGCGGCUACAAAUGCGCCCACAACCUCCUCAAGGCGCACGCCAAAGUCUACAGACUGUACGAGCAAAAGUACAAGCCAACGCAAAACGGGAAAAUCGGUAUGGUUAUUGACGAGUCUUGGAUGGAACCUGCAUCUAACUCGACCGAAGAUAUUGAGGCCGCUGAGCGGGCUAGUUUGAUGACGUACGGCUGGUAUGCUCACCCGAUUGUUUACGGAGACUAUUCGGAAGUGAUGAGGCAAAGAGUGGAUGAGCGCAGCGCCCUCCAAGGCUACAGCGAGUCCAGACUUCCUGUGUUCACCGACGAGGAAAAAGAAGAACUUCGAGGAAGCUACGAUUAUCUAGCUGUUAACAUGUACACCACCGUGCUGGUGGCCCACCAAGAGGACGCUCCAAUCGAGGAAGUGAGUUUGGCCUCCGACCUUUCAGUCUACACCUACCAGCCAGACGAUUGGGAAAAGACUGUUACCGAUUGGUUCAAAGUGGUGCCUUGGGGUGCACGCCAUUUGGUGCGCUGGAUCCGAGACACUUACGGCGACGAGAAGGGCAUCAUCGUUACAGAAAAUGGAUACCACGACUCUGGAAAUGAAAUGGACGAUCUGGAAACCAGAGGGCGAUACCAUAAGCUGUACCUCAGCAACCUGAACGACGUCAUCUACCAAGACGGAGUAAACCUGAUCGGUUAUGUGGCCUGGAGUUUGAUGAAUGACGUCGAGUGGUACGCUGGAUGGCUAGUGAAUCUGGGCCACUACCACGUGGACUUUGACAGUCCAGAGCGCACGAGGACUCCCAAAGCGUCUGCCGAAUAUUUCCGAAAGGUCGUCACCACCAACUGUCUAGUGGACUCGUGCGAGCCAACAACCAAGAAAAUCCGCCUGUAAGAUUUGCUUUUAAUAAAUAGAUUUUCCUGA